UGCAAGAGUGUUUCUUUUCCAAUAGAUGUAUUGCUGUUUGUAUGUUAAGUAGGUGUAUACAAUGAAAGGGUUUUAUAUUAUCAUUAAGAUUGAAACAGCUUGUUCCCACUCUCAUAAAUAUGUUUUUUUUCCGGAUUGUUUGGAACAGUUUACACACAACACAGCAAUAAUAUAAAUACAGCAGUUUUUAAAAUAAUCCACAAAAUGCUAACUUUAAAUCCACAGAAACAAAUAUUAAAGAAAUUUAAGAAGUAUGUAGUCUUCAUGAGAACAAAGAAAAAAAUUGUUUCAAUGUGUACUGGUAAGCGGCUCCAUGAUUCAAAAGCAGCCCAUGUAAAAAAGCUCCACUGCUUUACUGCAAACUGUAAGCUGUCAGUUUUUAUACUUAUUGAAAAGAUGGCAAGGUCUGCUGACUAAUGCCAUGUUUAAAAAUUGAAAUUUGAGUCAAGAGCAAAUUUGCAGCCUAAUCAAGUUAAGCUUAUGCCAUAAUACAUUUGCAAGACUGCUUGUUGUUCAUAACUGAAUACCACUCACCCUUCUGCAAAGAACCGUUAACAAUCUCAAACACAGGUCACUUAGGUGUUACUGUUAAAACUUUCAGUAUGCUAUCAGCUUCCGGGAUCUGGUCCAUAUCAGGGAAGCCUAGCUGAAUGAAAUAGAUCUAUCCCAGUUUUGGCUGGCUGGGUAUACAAUGCAAACAUGAGGAAGGGGGAGGGUCCAUUUCCCUCACAAGGAGGCAGGUCAAUUCAAGUGCCGCAUUUGAAUUUUUGUACUUGGACCAGAAAGAUGCAUUAGAAAUUCCCCUCCUACCAUCUACCCUUAUUGAAACUAAGGAUUUCAAAGUACCCUUCAUAAUUGUGCAUCUAUAGAUUCAGUAGAUUGAGCAGGGCAUCUCAGCCUGUUCUUUUCAACUGACUGUGAGACUAGAAGCAUGAAUUUGAAAUUGUCCCUUGUAAUUCUAUUCGCUGAUUAAACUACUACAAAACAUUGCUUGGGGAACUAACUGCCUUUGAGGAGGACAUGAACCCUUCUGCUAAUACAGAAUAUGACAUGUCUACAAGAUGUCUAUUUUGGUUUUACAGAUGUAGUUAGAGCCAAUAUAUUGAAUAGCAUGGUUAUAAAAAUAAGACCUGUAUAUUUUAAAAUCCAGGGUGUUUCAAAAUAUGGACCCAAUUUCAAAACUAUAUUUCAUGAUGGCAACAUGUUGUAAUGGGCUGGAUGGGGGGCGGGGGAUUGAAACUGAAUCCAGACAAAACAGAGGUGUUUACCAUCAAGGGUCCUAAUCUGGGGAUGGAGGUGUGUCAACCAGUUCUGCCCAGUUGGAUGCAACAGUCAGGAGUACUUACUAUCAGCUUCGGCUGCUCUGCCAGCUGCACCCCUUCCUCGAUUUGGAAGACCUGAAGAUGGUAGUGCACUCACUGGUAACCUCAAGGUUGGACUUCUGCAAUGCACUUAACAUUGGGCUACCCUUUUACCAAGUUCAGAAACUUCCAACUGGUUCAAAAUACCGCAGCCAGAUUGAUUACAGGAACAUCUAGGAGUGAGCAUAUUACACCUAUCCUAAAGUUACUCCACUGGCUGCCAAGGUACAAGGUGAUGGUUUUGACCUUUAAAGCCCUAUAUGGUUUGGAUCCAAGUUAACUAAAGAAUUGCCUUCUCCCAUACAAUCCGCCCCACACACUUCAGUCUUCUGGGGGGCGUCUGCUCCAACCAGCCAAAACCUGACUGGCAACCACCACCCAGAGGACAUUUUCAUCAGCUGCCCCAAGGCUGUGGAACAAACUGCUGGUAGAGCUCUGACAGUUAAAUAAGCUGUCACAAUUUAAGACAAGUGAAAAUCUGUCUCUUUAGCAGGCCAACCUAGACCAUCUUUAAACAUAAACAUGAAUUUUAAUGCAUGUCUAUUGUUUAAUCUUUUUUGUCUGUUUUAGUAUGUAUUUCAUAGAGAUACAUUGUGGUAUGUAACUUUUAUGGAGUUACAUUUUAGUGUGUGUAUUUGUAAUGUUUUUGCUGUGUUUAUGUAUUGUAAUUAUUUUGUAACUCACCAUGAAGAGAGGUAGUAAUAAUAAUUAGUAUUAUUAUUACACAAAAAGUUACAAACAUUUGAAUGAGUUAUUAAGUUAUUAUCAUCAAGUUUUACCAAAAAAUUUGAGUCAGAAACAAAAAUAAUUCCCACAAUAGAGAUUAUCUCAUUAGGCCUUAGGUUGCAGAGUUGUCACCUUUCGAAUUACUGAGGUUAGGGGCUGUUUGAAUCUAUGCCCUACCCUUUCAAGGGGUAAGAGUUUCAUUCAUGCACUGUUUUUGGUAGCAGAGAUAGCACAAUUUCAAAUUGGGUCAAUCUUUUUGAAAAAUCCUGGCAUAGUUUAAAGUGUACAUUAUUAUUGUCCAUUACAUUUAUAUCACAAUACUGUAUCAUAGAAAUCUUUAUGAUAUCCUUUCAUUUUGAGGAUUUUUUUUGGCAAACCAAGCAACAAACUCAAGAGUAGUUAUGGGCCAGAGCAAAGAUUUUACAGUUCUGACUUCUUUCCAGGAGGACCUGGGGAAACAAACCAACAUACACACAUCUUACAGCCUUACCUGUGGGGUUGUCACUUACUGGUUAGACAGUUGCUGUUCUAAUUGCCACUCUUUAAAGUUUCCAUGGUGAUCAAGGACAGAAUAGCCCCUCCCACUGAAAAUGUGCUGCCUGGCAACCAGAGCAUGCAGUGCUGCAUUCUUGAUCUUUAGAGGUCUGAACAUCACCAGGGUAGUUGUGUAAUCUACAGCUCUUGUUUUCCCCCUGUGGCACAGGUGACUGAUGAAGUCUUGGAGGCGAAUAAUUAUUUUGUUUACAGAGAAUGUGUUGGCUCAUCCUUGCAUCGUUCUGCGUCGGCAGUGUCAGGUGAAUUAUCAUGCCAAGAAUUAUCAUCUCACGCCAUUUACAAUAAUCAAUAUUAUGUAUAGCAUCAAUAAGACCCAGGGACCCAGAGCUCUUUGGAAAGGAAUGGGAAGUACUUUCAUUGUUCAGGGCAUAACUCUUGGAGCGGAAGGCAUUAUCAGUGAAUUCACCCCCUUGCCAAGAGAGCUUUCAUAUAAAUGGAGUCCCAAGCAAAUUGGAGAACAUCUUGUGCUGAAAGGGUUGACUUACAUGAUUGCAAUGCCUUUUUAUUCAGCAAGUCUGAUUGAAACUGUGCAGAGUGAAAUCAUUCGGGAUAAUACUGGCAUUUUGGAUUGCCUGAAAGAGGGCAUCGGCAGAGCACUGGGCUUUGGGGUGCCCCAUAGCAAGCGACUUCUCCCUCUCCUGGCAUUGACCUUUCCAACAGUUCUGCAUGGAGUGCUGCAUUAUAUUAUUAGUUCUGCUGUACAGAAGUUAGUCCUCUUUUUUCUCAAGAAGGAGAAUUCCCACAACCUGGCAACUGACAACUCCAGUUCAGUCCAAAGCAUGCUGGAUGCUUACUUUCCAGAACUUAUUGCUAGCUUUGCAGCCAGCCUUUGUGCCGAUGUCAUUCUCUACCCAUUGGAGACAGUUUUGCACCGCCUCCACAUUCAAGGGACACGCACCAUCAUUGACAAUACGGACCUUGGGUAUGAAGUUCUUCCCAUCAAUACUCAGUAUGAAGGAAUGAGAGACUGUAUCAAUACCAUAAAGCAGGAAGAAGGAGUACUGGGAUUUUACAAAGGGUUUGGGGCUGUCGUUGUGCAGUACACAUUACAUGUUGCUAUACUGCAGUUCACUAAAAUUCUUUAUUCCACACUGCUUCAGAACGUUUCUUAAAAAACUAGUGAAUGUGGCCAUCUGACAGGCCACACGUUCAGAAGACAGGUGAGCAAGUAAAUUCUAAGAAAUUAGGAUCCAUUGUGAUGGUUUUUAUUUUUACUGCUUAGAAUGUUCCUUUGUAAAUACAGAUGUAUGUUCCUUAAUGUAAUGUAUACAAAACUUGAUCAAGGGGAAAAUAAAAACAUGAAAGCCAAAACAGGGCUUUUACUAAGAAUGUAAAUAAACUAUUUGAAAAUACACUACUGUGUAGAGGGUAUGAUUUUCAGACUGUUGAUGAACUUAGACACAAUCCUAAUGGCAAUUUCUAGUUCAUGAAUUCUGUCUGAAAUCAAUGGUAGCUGUGCUCUUGUCUGUAACAUCUCUCAGAGACUUGCACUUUAAGGAUUGUGCCUUUGUUUCUGUCUAUAGUUUGAAAUAGAAAUUAAUUGGAUGUAUUGGAAGGCUCACAAAACCCAAUGAACUUUGACAAUUCUGUUUUAUCUGUAAUUGCUGUAACGAUUAAAAUCCUCAUAUUUCUCAAGAUCAUUGCUUUGGUUAAGAAUUUGAAUGUAAAAGACAAAAGGCAUUUCUGCUCAUAGUUUCGCAAACUGGAUUAGUUUACAUGCUUGACAUGGAUUUGCUCACAUCUUUCUGAUAAAAGAUAAUAUGAUACAACAACAAAUCUAAAGAAAGAGCCUCAGAUUGAAUUUGUACUGCUUGAUUACCUAAAUCUAGAAUACCAGUAAAUAUGAGACUUCAAGAUGGAAAUACACAAGGUACGGUUAACUACUACUCCAGAAUAGUUGCCAGAAGAAUACUUAAAUGUUAAGUUCUUCUGAACAAAUACCUCCUAAAUGAGGUGUCUUGUAUUUCCACAAAAUGCCUUACAGAUUUUUGUGCACACAUCCACUAAUCAUGGCUCUGAAUGGUUUUCAAAAAUCACUCCACAUGGUUUUUAAUGUUUCAGAUCUCAUAAAAAUCUAGCUUAAUUUGUGGUCUUUAUAUUUUCUUGCCCAGCAGUCUGAAUUGCCCUCACUUGUGGUUUUAAGCAUGUAAACCAUGCUGAACUGUUCUUCUGGAACAGUUGCUCAUCACUAUAAGAUGUAACACUGAAUUUGAUUAUGUAAUUUUAUUUCCUUCCCCAAAUGUCAAGAUUUGGCUUUGUGAAAACAAAUUCCAAAAAUUAAAUGUUUUAUUUUUGCUUUAUGUCAAGGCUUGAUCUAAUGAAGAUGUCUAGAAAGAUUAUUUUUUAGCAAUGGAAUAGCAUGCUAAAGAAAAACAUUUCAAAAAAUAUCUUGUUUCUCUCAUAGAUUAAUGUGUGUUGUAAGAGACUUGGUAUAUAUGUGUGAAUCUAGUAAAUUAAUGUUCAAAUUCAGGGUUUGUGUUAUAUACGUAUUUAUUUACUAGAUGCAGCUGUUAAGAGCCCAGUGAACAAUUCUGACGCACAAAGAAUGACCUAUAAAAGAACAGUGCAAUAAUUUUGAACUGUCCACAUGAAUUUAUUGGAUUUUAUAACUAAGGAUACAAGAGGACUUCAGCUGUGAUAAAUCUGGAGUACUUUGAAGUGCUUCAGAAGAAAUUUGGGACAGGUUUUGCUUUUUAGCAUAUGUUGUGGAUGUAACAUUUUCAUAAUACUUCUCUAGAGGUUAUUGAAUAUGAGAAUACCUUUAAAGGGCUGGUGCAGUCUUUUCAUUCUAAAUAAAACUAUUAAAACCUU